AUGGUAUGUCCGGCCUCUGGAGAAUUUGCCACGAAACAGGAUCUGGAGGUCCUGAAAUACAGAAUUCAAUCACUGGAAACCAGUAAACACGACCUAGAAAUCAAAGUGCAGUCACUGGAAGCACAGCUGAAAACAAAAGAAGACCGAACACCCCUGAUUGCUUUCAGGGCGGGAUUUGCGCAGGAUCCGGUUCCGGUAAAAUUCCACAACGGUCAGAUUAUAAUCUUCGAUAAAGUUUACCGUAACGAUGGCAACUCAUACAACGAACACUCCGGAAUGUUUCACGCACCAGUUUCUGGACUAUAUUCAUUUACUGUGCAAAUUUUCCCAAAUGCGUCAGGCAUUUUUUUCGAAAUGGUUAAAGAUGGUAAAUUAAUAACAGUCUUACUCGUCAAAGGAGGAGAAACGGGAAGCGCACAAACAGUAAUGUAUCUCAAAUCAGGCCAGGAAGUUUGGGUUGUGGAUAUUUUCGGUACUAAUGACUCAAUACGUGGACACGAGUUGUCAAUGUUCAGCGGUUUUCUUAUUAGAGCCAGCAACAAUCCCCACAUUACGAACGGAGGGCCAUCUGUGGUGGGAUAG